AUGAUUAGUGAGUUUGGCGACACCACCAACGGAUGCACCUCCGCUGGAGGACACUUCAACCCUUUCAACAAGCAGCACGGGGCUCCCAACGAUGAAAAUAGGCAUGUCGGCGACUUGGGCAAUGUUAUAGCUUCCGCAGGUGGCGUCGUUAAAACCCAUAUCAUUGACAAAAAGAUUACGUUAUCUGGUCCGAACUCGGUGGUUGGUCGAUCGGUGAUCGUUCAUGCCGACAUAGAUGACCUGGGAAAGGGUGGACACGAAUUUUCCCUUACAACUGGUAACGCUGGUGCCCGUCUCGCCUGCGGUAUCAUUGGUACGUUUCAACCUAAACUGUGA